AUGGCGAUAUCGAUAUACACCCUAAGUUGUUUCAAGUUACCAGAAACAGUAAUUGAAGAGAUUCAGCGAGCCAUACUUCAAUUUUGGUGGGGGCAGAAAAGGUCAGAAAACAGGAUGCAGUGGAUCAGAUGGAGGAUUUCUUGCAGACUAAAAAUGCAAAGGGGUCUCAACUUUAAAGAUUUGAAGGCUUUUAACCUUGCCAUACUCACAAAGCAAGGUUGGAAGUUAGUUUCCAGACCUAAUUCUCUCAUCAAUAAAGUGUUUCAAAGCAAAUAUUACAGAUAUUCAAACUUCCUAAGAGCAGAGGUUGGACAUAACCCAUCAUGGGAUUGGAGGAGUAUUAUCGAGGGGAGAAAGGUGCUAAAAAAAGGCAUACUAUGUGAAGUAGGAAGGAGAAUUAACAUUAGAAUCCGAGAAGACUCAUGGGUGAAGGAUUAUGUUUCAAUUACUCCUAUUACUACCACUGCAAUGACUGUUAAUCUAGAAUGGGUUUCACAAUUACAGAAUUCAAACAAAACAUGGAAUCAGAACUUAAUUCAGACCAAUUUCAAUCUAGACAUAGCUACAGCAAUACUUAACACUCCAAUUCAUGAAUCAGAGGAUAGAGUUACCUGGAUGAUGGAAAAAGGGGGCGACUUCACUGUUGCUUCGGGAUACAAAAUAGCCUUUAAUUUCUACCACCCACCAAUUGAAUACCUACCAGAAUAA